AUGGGCAACUCGCAGGAGAGGCCGUCUGAGACGAUCGACCGCGAGCGGAAGCGCCUGGUGGAGACGCUGCAGGCGGACUCGGGGCUGCUGCUGGACGCGCUAGUGGCGCGGGGCGUGCUCACCGGGCCCGAGUACGAGGCGCUGGACGCGCUGCCCGACGCGGAGCGCAGGGUGCGCCGCCUGCUGCUGCUGGUGCAGGGCAAGGGCGAGGCCGCCUGCCAGGAGCUGCUGCGCUGCGCCCAGCGCACCGUGCGCGCGCCCGACCCCGCCUGGGACUGGCAGCACGUGGGCCCCGGCUACCGGGAUCGCAGCUACGACCCUCCUUGCCCAGGCCACUGGACGCCGGAGGCAGCCGACUCCCGGACCCCGUGCCCUGGCCUGCCCGGACCUUCCCACAGUGAGGAGCCCGGGGGGCCUGAGGGCUCCGAGGCAGGGCAAUCCGGAACCAUCGAGGAGCCCCAAACAGAGUUAGAAGCUGAGGCCUCCGAAGGGGCUGAAGAACCCGAGUUGGAUUCGCAAACGGAUCCGGAACCAGAGGCAGAAGCAGAACCUGAACUGGAACCAGAAACCGAGCCGGAGCCGGAGCCAGAACCAGAACCAGAGCCAGAUGCAGAGCCAGAGCCCGAGCCCGAGCCGGAGCCGGAGCCAGACUAUGAGGCCGAGGAUGCAUCUGAAGAUUCCUGA